AUGGCAGGUGUGAGGACAACGCCGAGGAGGGAGCUGUCCAGGGGCUCUGCCCGCCCGGGGUCUCCAGCUGGAAAGUUGCGCUCCUCGGGAGAUUCCCGGGGUCAGAACGAGAGGCUGGAGUUGGAGCGAGGCACCAGGGAUGCGGAAGAAGAAAGGAGUGGGGCCGAAGAGGUAGCCAACGAGAAUGGGGCUCCGAGGCGAGAGGGAAAGGGCGGGAAGGGGCAAAGGGCGGCCAAGGAGGACGAAAAGGGGAAGCUGUCGCUGGGCGGGAGACAGCGGAGGAGCGGGACGGGGCGGGGUCCGCGGGAGAACAGGAAGGCGGGAAGGGGAGAGAGCGCGGAGUCGGAGCUCCAGCAGGCACAGGCCGCGGCGGAUAAGGGGGCGCGGAGAGGCCCAGGCCCGGCCCAGGCAGGAGGCGUCGGGAGACGACGCGACCCAAGGCGGGCGGGCCCGGGAAAAACCGCCCGCGGCCAGACCGGCUGUGCAGGCCGAGACGCUAUGCUGCGGCCCCUCCCCGUCACGUCAGGGCACUUACCGCCUCGCAGCUGGGGCGCUCCGGUGAUGCGGUGCAGUCAGUUCAGAGCGUCUCUCCCGAAUCUCGGCGCCCGACUGACCCGGAUCCAAACCAGCCAAAGGGGCGGCCCGCGCCUCGGGAGUCGCAUUGCGCCUGCGCACUCCGGCAUGCACCCCGCCCCCUACCCAUGCUCCUCCCACCCCGGUGACUCGGCAGCGCGGCAGGGGACGGCUGCGCAGGCGCAGGGCGGGGGCCGCGCCUCUCGAACGCCCCGCACCCGCCCCCCUCGGAAGCACGUGCGCCUUACGUAAUUUCCUGUUAUUCUUCGGUCUGCCUCCUCCCAGUGGCGUGGAUUUCCUCCCGAGCAGCUUUUGGGGCGUGCCUGCUUCCUCCUCUCUGUCAGGUGAGUGAAUAGGUGUCAUUCUUCGCAGUCGUUCUCUGCCUCCACCGCCCCGGCAUCUCCUUGUGCUUGGUCCUCUACCUGGAGUCACCUAUGCAGCGGAAUUCCGCGGGGCGGGGGCGAGGACGUGCGGGGGUCUUUAUGGCAGCCAAUCCCCGGCUGAGCGCUUGGCCAGAGUUUCUGUGAUGCUAGAAUCUGGACUGCCUGCGACCUCUCCAGGACUCGGACACCAACCCUCGCCUCCUGGUGAUCUUUCAGGACCUGCAGAGAAGCGAAGAGGUAUUGGACGUGGCCAGGGUCAAUAGUGUGAAGCCAGAAUUAGAAUUGAAUUGAAAUGCCUCGGUUUUGAUAUCGCUGUGUUUGUCUUGAGGCAACUGCUUUUCCUCCUCUGGGCCUCUCAGUUUUCCAUCCAAUCUCGCUCUGUCACCCAGACUGGAGUGAAAUGGCACGAUCUUGGCUCACUGUAACCUCCACCACCCAGGUUCAACUGAUUCUCGUGCCUCAGCCUCCUAAGUAGCUGGGAUUACAGGAUGGAGAGUGAAGGAGGAGUCUGUGAUACCUCAGCCAUGCGCCAGUGUGCCGAUUCCCAUUCUGCAUGGAUUUGAUUUCCAAGACUCCAGUCAAUCCUCAGAGCUCCAGGUAACUGCUGAUCACCAGCAGAGGGAGCCCUAGGACCACAGGGCCUCUUUCCUUACCGGUGGUAAAGCCGUUCACUGUGGCUUCAAAACUGUGGAAGACCCUGGAUUUGUGGAUCACUUGCCUUUAGAAUAGAAUCAAGAAAUAACACUGCAGAAGAAUCUCCACAUGGUAAGGAUUGGGAGUGUUGAGAGGGGCUUCUGGGGUGCAGGUAAUGUUCCUUCAUCUGAUGUUGGUUAUAGGAGUGUGUGCUGUAAUGUAGUAUAUGUACAUUUUUUUGUGUGUAUAACUAAACUUCAAUUAAAGUUUUUAAAACUUAAACAUUUCUAUGUAUACAACAAAAUAGGUGUCAGGUUAGGGUGAGCUGUUCUUUUCCCUACAAUUCUUAACCUUAUCUGAGUCACAAGACAGCCCUUCCUCCCUUCCUCUGUGAAAGCCACAAACGACUGGUUAAGGACUUCUGCAGCAGCCGCCGAAUAGAGAAAGUGAGCACAGGACAUGAACAGAUGGUUCACAGCAAAAGAAAUACAAAUAGCCCUUAAACGUAUGAAAAGGUGCUCAGUCUCAAUCUUCAAAGAGAAGUGCUUAUUGAAAGUAUGCGGAGAUACCAUUUUUAACCUGUCAGAUUGGCAGAAAUCCCAAAGCUUGACAGCAUGCCCUGUGGAUGGGGCUGGAGGUGGGGGAGUCGGGAGAAUAAAUAGCAGACCCUUUAGUACAUUACCAGUGGGACUGUGAAAUUGACAGCCCUGUUGAUUUGGGCAAUAUCUACCGAAAUUACAAGUCUAAGAAUCUACCCUGUAGAUGACAUUUGUACAUAUAUGUAAUAAUUUAAUCUCCAAGUUGUCUUCUUGCUCUGUAAAAGGAAGAUUUUGGAAGUUAAGAAAACUUUUUCUGCCUCAACGAAGUCACAUUUUAACACUAAUGUCUCAUGCUGUGGACUCAAGAAAAUCUAAUUUAAAACAGAGCCAGGCAACGGCUUCCAUUGACUGACUGGCUGGAGGGAGCUGCAGGCUAACUAGGAAUUAGGAAUUAGCCACAACAGAAGUGCAUUGGUUUUAUCUCAAGAAAUAUCCUCCUUUACACCUGUCUUGGCAGAUGUGCCCACUGCUUGGGUGGCAGGACACUUUGAUUGUCUCACCAAGACUGUGUGGAGAGGGGUGGGGUACUUCUCCAAAGGGAAAAGUGGGCUGCUGUCACCCAUAAAAGGGGUGGAGGGAAAGGGCAGGUAGAAACAGUCAAUGUCUUCCAUAGCUCCAGGUCACGUCUGCCUGCUGCUGAUACCGCAUUCAUAUCUGCAGCCUGUGUGUCUCCUCGACACCAUGCCUCUGUGUCCACUGUCCUCCUAGUCAGUCGCCUACGUGGAUGUCCCUCUGACACCUGGUGAAACAUGAUGUGUUUCUAAUUGAGCAGGUUAUCUUUCCCUCUAAGCCUGGUCUCCUGGCCUUUCCCCAGUGCCUUCCAAUUUAAUUGAAUCAAAUCGAAUGUAAUUCACCUCCUCCCAUCCGUCUGGCUUCUGGGUUAAUACCCCCCCAAACUUUGGAAAUAUUUUAAUGUGUUAAUAUAUUAUUUUUAAAAUAAAAAGUAGUUUUAA